GCUCAAGGCUUGAUUUCCCCAGGCGCGGCGGCCACUGCUGCUCCCGGCCCUGCUUCAACAUGUCGGGGGCGGCCAAACGUCGGCAGAAGGCCCGCGCACUGGCAGCGUCCAUCCUCUGCGUGGUCCCGCUCGGCUUCCGGACGGGGCUCCAUGCCGCCUCGCUGGCGGCGGAGCUGCCGCGACCGCGGACGGAGAUCGUGCUGUGUCGUCACGGCGAGACGGACUGGAAUGUCCAGGGCAGGCUGCAGGGCCUGUCGGACAUCCCGCUGAACGGCGUUGGCCGGUCGCAGGCCCUGGAGAUCGCAGCAGCUGUAAAGGCUGGCGGCGCCAGCGUCGUCGUGGCAUCUCCGCUGCUGCGGGCCCGCGACACCGCGGCCAUCGUCGCUGACGAGUGCGGGGCGGACUUGAGGAUCGACGCGAGGCUAAGGGAGGCGAGCCUGGGGGUCAUGGAGGGCAGGACAGCCGAGGAGAUCAACGCCACCCACCCCGAGGUCUGGGCGGCGUGGCUGGCGUCCGAGCCCCUGCCCCGGCAAGCGAGGGCGGAGCCCUGCGAGGCCGUGGCGGCGCGGCUCGAGGAGGCCAUCCUCGAGGCCGCGGCGGCGUUCCCGGCUGGGCGGGUGGUGGUGGUGACGCACGGCGCGGCCAUCCCUGCCUGCUGAAGCGCUCCGUGGGCAACGCCAGCAUCACCACCUUCCUGUCCGUGGGCCCCGGCAGGUCCCUGCGCGUGCUCGUGCUCGGAGACGACUCGCACCUCUCGAGGCCAGGGCGCAAGGUGGCGGGCAUGUGAGCAGCGGGUGCCAUCUGCCGCAGAUCGGGGCGCAAAGCAUUGCGUGUGCGAAGCUGGUGGGCUCUGUCGGAGAUCGAAGAAAGAACAACGAACGCAUACGUGUUCUGAGCUCCGCGCGGAUUUCAGGGAUUGGCGCUGCCCCCCCCCCCCCUGUGGCGGCGCCUUCCGCGCCGUCUUCGGCGCAGGUCCAGGAAGUCCGCGGUGGACCUCCGAAGCUUGAUCUCUAUGCAGUGCUUCCUUCCCUG